GGGACAAAUACUCCCGACGGCGCGAAAGUCUUCAAGGCGAAACGGGAGGUGCGGUCUCCCGGGCGAGGCUGACACCGGAGAGAAACGCGUCCCGCCCCCGAGGAGCGGGGUCGGAAACGCUGCCCCGAGUAGCAGUCUGCUGGGGUGAAAGCAGGGGCCGGUCUGAAUCCCGGGUUCUUCGCUUCAAGCCUGUUUCACCUUCCAUAAGAUAGAGCAAUACAUUUGAAUAACCACCUACUUAAGAAAGUUUUGGAAUUCGGAAGAGACAAACGAUGUGAGAAUGACCCAUACGAAACCGUCGAUUCCCUGUCUCCCCACGCAGCGCUGGCGCAACUUGCCCGAGGGCGCACGAGGGACCCCCGGGCCCGCGGCUGCCAACUGGCUUUGAGCUGCGGCUCGUCCCUCGCCAGCAAGCGGGGAUGGUGCGAAUCCCGCCCGGCCAAUCUCUGAGCAGCCGCGACACCUCGGCGGGCAGCCCGGCAGGACUGAAGCUACAAGAUGGCUGACCAGGACCCUGGGGGCAUCAGCCCCCUCCAACACAUGGUGGCCUCAGGCGCUGGGGCUGUGGUCACCUCCCUUUUCAUGACGCCCCUGGAUGUGGUGAAGGUCCGCUUGCAGUCUCAGCGUCCUUCAGUGGCCAGUGAGCUGGUGUCUUCCUCUAGACUCUGGAGCCUCUCCUAUGCCAAAUUGCCCUCCUCUCUCCGAUCCACAGGGAAGUGUCUCCUAUACUGCAAUGGUGUCCUGGAGCCCCUGUACCUGUGCCCAAAUGGUUCCCGCUGUGCCACCUGGUUUCAGGACCCUACCCGCUUCACUGGCACCCUGGAUGCCUUUGUGAAGAUUGUGAGGCAUGAGGGCACCAGGACCCUGUGGAGCGGCCUCCCAGCCACCCUGGUGAUGACUGUGCCAGCGACCGCCAUCUACUUCACUGCCUACGACCAACUCAAGGCUUUCCUGUGUGGUCGAGCCCUGAUCUCUGACCUCUACGCACCCAUGGUGGCUGGUGCACUUGCCCGCCUGGGCACCGUGACCGUGAUCAGUCCCCUGGAGCUUAUGCGCACAAAGCUGCAGGCACAGCAUGUGUCGUACCGUGAGCUGGGUGCCUGCGUUCGAGCUGCAGUGGCUCAGGGUGGCUGGCGCUCACUGUGGCUGGGCUGGGGCCCCACUGCCCUUCGAGAUGUGCCCUUCUCAGCCCUGUACUGGUUCAACUAUGAGCUGGUGAAGAGCUGGCUGAGUGGGCUCAGGCCAAAGAACCAGACAUCUGUGGGCAUCAGCUUUGUGGCUGGUGGCAUCUCAGGGACGGUCGCUGCGGUGCUGACUUUACCCUUUGACGUAGUGAAGACCCAACGCCAGGUCGCACUGGGAGCGAUGGAGGCUGUGAGAGUGACACCUCUGCACGUGGACUCCACCUGGCUGCUGCUGCGAAGGAUCCGGGCUGAGUCGGGCACCAGGGGACUCUUUGCAGGCUUCCUCCCCAGGAUCAUCAAGGCUGCCCCCUCCUGCGCCAUCAUGAUCAGCACUUACGAGUUUGGCAAAAGCUUCUUCCAGAGGCUCAAUCGGGACCGGCUCCUGGGCCGUUGAAGGGGCACGGAGACAAGGACCCCCUCUUUCCACGGAUGGGGCGAGCAGGAGGAGGAGACUGAGCCAAGUGCCUUUUCCUCAGCACGGAGGGGAGGGACCAUUUCCCUUCCCUCCCCACAAGCCCCGGGGGUAGGGCUGCCUUGGGGGCCGCCCAAGCUAUCCUCAGACACAGCUUUCUUCCCACUCCUGAGGAUCACCACUUGCCCACUCUCCAAGUUUGAGACCAAAUCUGCUGUCUGUCUCUCACACCCCUGCUUUGUGUUUCCCUUUGUAUUUGCUGUAGCUGAGCCGGGCUUAGUCUCCCCCACCCCUGUUAAUUCCUUAAGUCUAAAGAUGAUGAACUUCUGCCUGGUGCCUGUGACUGUGGAGGCCUUGGGGGGUGGGGAAAGUGGGCCCUGAAUUGCAGGAGGUGGCCUGGGAGGGGCCCUGGUCUGGCUGUGGCUGCCAGGGUGACACCCACAAAGAGGACUUCUCCAACUUAGCAAGGCCCCCUCUGUUGGGUUAGAGGGCACACUUCAGUGACAACAGAGGAGGAGGGGUAGCUUACCUGCCAGGCUCUGGCCUGACAGUUGGCUUUAUGGCUGGUGGCAUCUCGGGGAUGGUGAGUGACUGGGCUGGAGGUGAGGCUGGCAGGCGUGCCCUUGGAGGGCCCAGGGGUUGUUGGAGAUGGGGAGCAGAGUCCCGGCAUCUCAUCAGCUGUGUGUCAGGGAGCACAUGGGCAGGGUGGAGUGGGGUCUGCAAGUUUGGGCCAAGGCUGAAUUGCUCAGGCCAACGUCAAGGAUGUGGCCCGGCCAGAGCACAUCUCCGUCCUGCCCCUGGAGUGCUCGGCUUCCUCUCAGCCUGGGCUUGAGUGAGUUAUUAAAGGAUAUCGGGUUGAAGGGGUGCUUGUGUGUCUCGGUCCUGCCCUGCACAGACCUAAUACUUGGGACGCUUCGUACAAAAGCCACCACUCCUUGCGUUGUGGCCUGCCUACCCCCACACGGCCAGCGCUAGUUCUGUCCGACCUUGGUUAUGGGCCAGGCAC